GCUAUUUUUCAUGCAACGAACGCUUCAUAUUAUACAUCUUAUAAAAUUUAUUGUUGAUAAGUAAUUUUCAUUCGAUUGAAGAUGGCUUCUCUUGUACAUUCCAUGAUCGUCAUAGCCAUUUUUGCAUCUUUUGCAUCAGUGGCAAUUGCCAUUCCCGGAACUGCCACAUAUUACACUACAUAUGUUCCUUCAUCAUGUUAUGGAUUUGAAGACCAAGGAACGAUGAUAGCAGCUGCAAGUGCGGACAUCUUCCAAAAUAGGGCAGCUUGUGGUAGGAUGUACCGUGUCACUUGUACUAGUGGAACCAACCAAGGCGUACCUCAACCUUGCCGAGGUGGUAGUGUAACCGUCAAAGUUGUAGACCUUUGCCCCGGUUGCUCAGCAAACGGCCUUGAUCUCUCCAUGGAAGCUUUUUCCGUGAUUGCUGACCCUAAUGCCGGUAGAAUUAACAUCGACUACACCCCGGUCUAAACUAUAAGGAAUUGAUUCUCGAAGAACUACCAAUAAGAAGGAUGGCAAAUUAUGUUAUACUUCGUACUAUUACAAGUGUUAAGCAAAUAAAAUACUAUAUACUUGGAAGUAUGUAGAUACUUCCUAUGCCAAAUCCUUGGUUUGUUUGUACUAUUUGUUAUUACAACUACGAUGAAUAAAAGCUUAAACUUUGGAUUGAUAUAUUA